AUGCGUUUCAAUUUAUUGAUUUCUCGUCAAUUUUCUACUCUCAUCCAAACCCAUUUAUCUUCAUCCCUCGACAUCAAAAUCAAAGCCUUGGUUCAACAGGGACACUAUCAAGAAGCCCUCAAAGCAUCCACCAAAGCAUCCAAUUUUUCAAAAUUCACCUUCCCUUCUCUCCUCAAAGCCUGUGCUUCUCUGGAGAAUCUCCGGUAUGGCAAAACACUUCACUCAGAAAUCAUCAAGACGGGCCUUAUUUUUGACCCUUACAUUACUGCUUCACUCAUCAAUAUGUACGUGAAAUGUGGGUCACUUUGCAUUGCAGUCAAACUGUUUGAAAAUGUGUCUCAUUGUGAAGUUUUGGUACAAGAUGUUACGCUUUGGAAUUCUAUGAUCGAUGGCUUCUUGAAAAAUGGAUAUUUUGAGGAGGGUGUGGUUCAGUUCCGUCGAAUGCAGGUGUCGAAUGUCAAGCCUGAUGGGUACACUUUGUGUAUUCUUCUUGGAGUGUGUAAUGGCAUUUCGAAUUUUUCAUAUGGGAGGAAAAUUCAUGGUUAUGUCGUAAGAAACAUUUUUGAUGAUGACCCUUUUGUAAUCACUGCGCUGAUUGAUAUGUAUUCAAACUUUAAUAGGCCAGUGGAUGCUUGGAAUGUUUUUGAAAAGGUGGAAAAUAACUGUAACAUUGCAGUGUGGAAUGCAAUGAUCAAUGGCUUCGGCAAAAAGGGAUUCUGGAGAGAUGCCUUCGAGUUGUACUCUAUGGUAAAAUUUAAGGGUCUUGAAUUGGGAUCCACAUCAUUUUCGACUGUUCUAACAGCCUGUUCACAGGGUGAGGAUAUAGAUUGCGGUAGACAGCUCCAUUGUGAUGUGAUUAAGGCAGGUUUUGAGAGUGAUCCUUAUGUCAGUACUUCUCUUUUAACGUUGUAUUCAAAAUGUGGAUUUGUGGAAGAUGCAGAGAAACUUUUUCAUUCAAUAGCAGGUAAAGAGGUUGGAAUGUGGAAUAGUAUGAUCUCGGCGUAUGUUAAUUGUGAAUGCCCUCAUAGUGCAGUGGAAGUCUAUUAUCGGAUGCGAUUUAGAGCAAUCACACCUGAUUCUUUCACCAUAUCCAAUGUAUUGAUAGCUUGCAGUAUGAUUGGAUCAAUUGAGUUUGGUAGGAUGAUUCAUGGGGAAUUGUGGAAGAGACCAAUAAAGGAUAAUGUUUCAGUGCAAAGUGCCCUGUUGACGAUGUACUCAAGGUUUGGGAGAUUGGAGGAUGCAUUUGAACUUUUUGUUAAAAUGAAGGAAAAGGAUAUUGUAACAUGGGGCUCUAUGAUAUCGGGUAAUUGUGAGAAUAGAAAAUUCAAGGAAGCACUAGAUUUAUUUAAAGCAAUGAAGUCUGAUGGUGUGGAACUAGAUCCUAAUGUUAUAGCAAGUGCAAUCAAUGCUUGUGUAGAACUUAAUGAUACCAAACUAGGUUGCUGUAUUCAUGGAUUCACAAUUAAGAAAGGACUGGAAUCAGAUGUUUUUACGGGUAGUUCUCUGAUAGAGUUAUAUUCUAAAUGUGGACAACCAGAAAAGGCUGGAAAUGUUUUUUCUGAUGUCUCAAAUAAGAAUUUGGUGGUCUGGAAUUCGUUAAUUUCAUGCUAUUGCCAGAAUGGCAUCCCAGAUGUCUCCAUUAGUCUUUUUCCUCAGAUUCUGCAGAAUGGCUUGUACCCAGACUCUGUUUCAAUCACCAGUGUCCUUUCUGCAGUUUCAUCGGUGGCAGCAUUGCUCAAGGGAAAGGCGGUACACAGUUACUAUAUAAGACUCCAAAUUCCUGAAGAUAUUCAAGUAGAAAAUGCAUUACUAAACAUGUACCUCAAGUGUGGAUGCUUAAAACAUGCACAACAUUUGUUUCAAAUUAUGUCGAAAAGAAACGUCAUAACUUGGAAUUCAAUGAUUGCUGGUUAUGGAUCACAUGGUGAAAUCCAUAAAGCCAUCAAAUUGUUCAACGAGAUGAGAAAUUCAGGAACAGUACCUGAUGAAGUAACAUUCCUUUCCUUGAUUUCCUCUUGCAAUCAUGCUGGUUUCACUGAUGUAGGUCUGCAUCUAUUUCAUUUAAUGAGAGAACACAGACUUGAACCCAAAAUGGAGCACCACAUAAAUAUAGUGGACUUGCUGGGCCGUGCUGGACGCUUAGAGGAUGCUCUCAGUUUCAUACAGAAUAUGUUCAUUGCACCAGACCGUGGCAUUUGGCUAUCUUUAUUGUCUGCCUGUCGAAUUCAUCACAAUGUUGAGCUUGGAGAGUUGGCUGCUGAUAACUUGCUAAAGUUAGAACCAACCAGAGGCAGCAAUUACGUUCAACUGUUAAACCUAUAUGUAGAAGUUGGAUUACUGGAGAAAGCCGCUAACUUAAGGGCAUUGAUGAGGCAAAAGGGACUGACAAAGGUCCCUGGAUGCAGUUGGAUCGAGCUGAAAAAUAAAGUUGAUGUUUUCUACUCGGAGGAUUCAUCCUGUCCAAGUGCGGUUGAGAUUUAUGAUACUCUCGAUAGACUUAAGAAUAACAUGAAGAAGGUAAAAUUGUAUUCUGAAGCUGGCGAGGCAUUACAAGAAUCCGGAUGA